AUGGACAGGAAACUGAACUUAAGCCGGGCGGAAACCUUCUCCUUCAUCAACCCCUGGAUCCGUUACUUCCUCUUCUUCUUCAGCUUCUUAUUCUGGGUUUUCUCCUUGCUGAUUAUCGCGAUCGGGGUGUACGCCAAAGUCCAGAAAGCCACAGACACGGUCCGGGACACCUUCCUGAUCGACCCGGCGGUCAUCCUGAUCGUGGUGGGCGUGGUCAUGUUCUUCAUCACCUUCUGCGGCUGCAUCGGAGCGCUGCGGGAGAACAUUCGCCUCCUCAAAACCUUCUCCCUCAGUCUGACUCUGGUGUUUCUCACCCAGCUGGCCAUUGCAGUUCUGGGCUUCUUCUACUCUGAUCAGACUCGGGACGCCCUGGGGAAGUUUGUGAAGAAGGCUAUCGUACACUACAGGGACGACCUGGACCUGCAGAACCUAAUGGACUACAUCCAGACAGAGUUUCAGUGUUGCGGGUGGAACAACUACACGGACUGGUCCUGGAACCCGUACUUCAACUGCACCCAGGGGAACCCCAGCACCGAGAGGUGCGCGGUCCCGUUCUCCUGCUGCACGCCCGUACCGGGAGAGGUCGUGAUCAACACCAUGUGCGGAUUCGGGGCGCAGACCCAGAACUUCCUGGACGCGACCAAGUCUAUCUACCCGGCGGGGUGCGCGGACAAGGCGGUCACGUGGAUCGAGUCGCACCUGCUGCUGGUCGGGGCCAUGGCCCUGGGGCUCGCCCUCCCCCAGGUGGCGGGCAUCGUGCUGUCCCAGAUCCUGAUCUCCCAAAUCCAGGACGAGAUCGGCUCCGUCUUGUGA